AUUGCAGGGCACAUACACUACAGGCAAUUUGGCAAGGCCAUUUAACGUAAUCUGCUUGUCUUUGGACUGUGGGAGGAAACUGGUGAACCUAGACGAAACCCACCAAGUACAGGGAAAACAUUCAAACUCCACUUACAAAGAUCCGAGAUCGAAAUCAAACCCUUAACCCUGGAGGUGUAAGGACACAGUGCCACCCAAACCAAGUACCUCUUAAUAAACUGCAACCCAAAUGUUUCAAUGGCCACUGAAAUGUUUUACUUACUUUAAAGAACCACUCACUAUAAUCACUUGACACAACAGCUCUGUAGAAAUCUCCUGUAUUAUGUAAUCAUAAACUCUGAACAUAUUAUUUUUUUUUAUUUAAUACCAGUUCCAAUACAAAAAAAUCUUAAGUUUUAGCAAUCAAAUGUAAACGACUGAUAUGUUAAAAAACAAAUCUUUAUAUCUGAUAACUUUUGAUCGAAUUUGAAUAUUUGCAUUACACUUGUACACUUUUAAGCGAUGCUGGUGUUUGUGUUUUUGUUUUUUUCACUCCAUACCACUAGAUGGCAGUAGUGCUACACUGUGGCUUGCAAACGUCUUGAAUAUCAAGAAAAAGACGUCGAGGACGAGGAGGCUCCUGGAUGGAGUAAACAUGGUGGUUAACCUCUGCCUGCCGCACUUUAAAACCACCGCUCAGUGCAAUAAGGUAUGUGCAGAUGGCUGCGACGUUUCCAAUCUUUUGUCUGGGGACCCAGCAGUUUUGCGACGAGGUUGCAGGCUGGAGUACUUCCUACGUCCUCCCCUACAUGUGACACUGUACUUUCAGGUGAAGGUUGAGAUAUAUCGUGUGGAUGUUAAACUUUUGCCGUGUGGUAGUGCUUCUAGGAGGCUUGAGAUUUUUACCUGCUCUGAGGUAAAACCUUCUAAAACCUCAGAAAGCGAUCAUGAUAGAGGAGAGUUUAAGCUUGUGGGACGUUGUGACCUGGGGGAGGAUGUUCUCACAUGUUUUAAGCAUCCAAAUUUUAAACUCAGAGCUCCUUUUCCUGAGUGCCCACCUGACCCUCCAGCCCAUGCAAAGCAACAGGAGCUCUGGGGAUCUCAGUCACUUAGUGCAGUGGCCCAACUUCGUAUAGCUAUCCCCUAUGGUGGAGGUUCUUCAGCGCUAGGAAUCAAGUCCUUGGCAGUGUGGGGUGUUCCUGCUCGGUGCUGUUCUCUUUCAGAGCUGGAACAAUUCCAAAAGGCCCAUUUUGACAGCUUGCAACCAAAGCUUUCUAGUUUUACGAUUCUUUCACCAGUUUCUACCUCAGCCAAAUCUCCUAGGCCAGUCAAUAAUUCCUCAGAAACAACUAUACCUGAGGAGUUUCUGGACCCUCUGACUCAGGAGCUUAUGGUUCUGCCCAUGAUAUUGCCCAGCGGAAUGGUUGUGGACAAUAGUACCUUGGAGGAGUAUGUAAAACAGGAAGCUACUUGGGGACGGAUGCCAAACGACCCCUUCACUGGUGUUCCUUUUACAACGGACUCAAAACCACUUCCUAACCCUCUCCUGAAGAGUCGAAUUGACAGCCUCCUGCUACAGACUGGCCACACAGGACUUAGAAGCAAGAACACUAUACUAAACAAACCCCGACCAUCCAGGCUCCUCUGUGCAUCAGCACUUCCAACUGCACAAAGUACACAAACUGAGACACAGCCCAAACAGGUUCAUUUAGUGAGUGAAAUAAAUCAUAGUGAACCAACUAUGAGCCAUUCGAGAUGUUUCGGGGAAAGGCAACGGCUUGUACUGGAGUCUUCUGCUGGAACCUGCAGUAUAAAAAGGGAGACCUUAGGACUGUUAAAUAAAAGGAAAUAUGAGUCAGAGUUUUCUUCAACUAGUGAAGUAUUGGCCAAAUCUUUGUCUCCCUUAACCAAAAUGCCAAGAACAGAAGCAAGUGUCACCCUCCCCGCAGAAACAAAUUCUCAUGAAGAGCGUCUGUCUCAGAGUUUAGACCAAGCAUUAAGUUCUGCUCUGCAUGGAUUACCAACAUAUACCUCACAAAGCAGCCUGGGGCCAGACACCACAGCAGGUCAGAGCAGAUGUGCGUCAUGCUCUUGUUCCUUGACUAUUUAUUCACCUAGGCCUGGGGCUUACUCUCUUCCCUGUGGGCACCUGCUGUGCCGCCAGUGUCUGCAGCAUGAACACACUUUGAGAUCACAGAGACUUCCAAUUACAUGCCCUACAUGCCAAGCACGUGCUUCACCCAGCAAAAUCAUAAGGGUCCACCACUGAACAUCAAUAACUGCUAAUUAUAAAAUUCUUAUCUAUUAUGUCUGUCAGAUAUGGUCUCACAUGUAAUAUAAUAACAAGAGAACUGAAUCAUAUGAUUUUUUUUUUCAUGGUCUGUAAUAAAAUUUUCAGCAA